AUGUGUCUGCUAGGAUUCCCAGGAGGAUUUGCAAACAUUGGGAAGACAAAACGCGAUUGGGUGUUCCUCCAUGCGAACAUGAAAGCUCUUUGUAUCUCCAUGACUGUGUUUGUUGUUGGAAUGAGUGCGGGGCCCACAUUCUGGAAAAAGAUCGAGGAGCGUGCAAGAUAUGCCAUGCUUAUUGCAAUUGCUGCUAUGGCGAUAGCUGUUCAUAAGAUUGUUCUUAGGAUUAUAGGGGACGACUACUGGUUGAGGCUUUUUGCUAAUUGGUCCUGUGCUGUGAUCGUGCAUUUCACUUGUGGUUUCAUCUUCUUUCUCAGGUGUGGCUAUGGGAUCAAGUAG